AACCUGCUGACCCCAAUGAACCCUCACCCUCCUUCUCCAAAAAGGAUGACAGUGAUGGUUUCACACUUGUGGGAAAAGGAAGGGGAUCCCUUACUACACAUCCUCUAAAGGAAGCAAACUUCAACAAUGGCAACAAACAACCACACUUCAGAAGGGAAACUAGAAGCAGUGGACGUGGACACAACCAUGGAAACAAGGGGGGUACAAACAGAGGUAGGGGAAGGGGCCCUGGCCCUAACUCUUGAUGAAGGUACUCUGUUGGAACUUUAGGGGGCUUAAUAGGCCCUCUAAACAAAACUUUUUGUGUAAAUAUAUUUUGGAUCUUGGCGUGCAUUUAAGCUGUAUUUUGGAAACCAAAAUGUCUGAAGCCAAGUUUAAACUUUUUAUCCACAACAAACUCCCUUUCUGGUCUUCAACUGAUAAUUUUGCUAUGAUUGAUGAUGGGAGAAUGGCUGUUAUAUGGAACCCACUUUUUGUUACUUGUACUCUUCUGGAUGUUGGAUAUCAAUUUAUCCAUUGCAGAAUUUUGUGUAAUGUUUCCCAGAAAUGCUUCCAUAUUACAUUUGUUUUUGCUCUAUACAAUGUAACUGUUAGAAGACAACUAUGGGAAACAAUAUCUGAUUUUGGUGUAAAUAUCAAGACCCCCUGGGCCAUUAUGGGGGAUUUUAACUCAGUUCUGAACUCCAGUGAGAAAUUAAACUGCCACACCUAUGCUUAUGAUAUGACUGAUCUGCUGCACUUUAGGCUCAAUAAUGAUUUGAUUGAUGCCAAGUCUACUGGUACUCACUUCACUUGGAACAAAGGGAACAAAUGGGCCAAAUUGGAUAGGGUAAUGGUGAACUGUGAAUGGGAGGCUCUACAGUGGGAUUGUUGGGCUGCAUUUAAGCCCAUGGAGUUCCAAUCUGACCACUGUCCUGUUCUGCUCCACCUCAUCCAAUCUUCCACCAGAGGCCCUAAACCCUUCAAAUUCUUCAACAUGUGGCUUAAACAUGAUUCCUUUGAUAAUACCUUGAAGCAUGUAUGGGACAUGAGGAUUAAUGGUACUAGACAGUUUAGACUCUGCAGAAAACUUAAGUUGCUGAAACAUCCUCUCAAACAUUUGAACAACAAGGAUUUUGCACAUAUCUCUUCCAGGGCUGAGGAGGCUAGAAAAUCCUAUACUAAUCUCAUGGAUAAGCUUUACAAGGACCCUGAUAACUUGGAGCUACUCCAGCUUGUUGCCAUUACCAGGAAGAAAGCCUCUUUCUACUCUGAUGCAGAAAGAUCCUUUUUUCAACAAAAGGUGAAGUGUAACUUUAUUAAUGAAGGGGAUAAAUGCACAAAAUUCUUCCAUGCAAUGGUGAAGAAGCAAAGUAUGUUGAAUGCCAUCCCUGUUUUGAUUACAUCCCAAGGUACUACUACUACUUCUUUGGAGGCUAUUGUUGAGGAAUUCAUUGGCUACUACAGGCAGAUUUUUGGUAAUACAGUACCUACUAGCCUAGUGGAUUGGAAUGUCUUUAAAGAGGGCCCCCUGAUCCAACACCAGGAUGCAACUGAGUUGCUGCCUUCUUCAAGAAGAAAUGGGAUAUUGUUGGUGAUACUGUUUUUGAUGCUGUUUCUGAGUUCUUUUUGAGUGGGAGACUCCUUAAGCAGAUUAACCAUGCCUUGGUUGUCCUCAUUCCCAAGAUCAGGGAGAACCCUAGUGCCAAAGAUUAUAGACCCAUAGCCUGUUCUAAUGUGGUCUAUAAAAUAAUCACUAAAAUCCUUUCCAACAGAAUGGCUGGACUGCUU